AACAGGAGUGGGCUGGGUAUGUUUGUGUGAGUGCAGCUCUGCACAGAUCCUCCUAAGUGUGUACAGUAUGAUUCCUGGGGGGAAACACUCACUCUCUGCCCGUUGGGGAGGCUGCUGAGCAUUGGAACCCCGUGCACACGCCAGGCGACAGAGGGAGUCUGAAAUGCCUACCAGGGGUAUCAAAAGAAAAUAUUCUGAAUGGGAGGAAUCUCUCCUGGAUGCACAUCUGUCCUUUCAGACAGACAGCUACUCUUUCUUCCGUCAAUCUCUACUAAACAUUUCACUCGAGAAGUUCAACAAGGGACGUACGAUGAUCGAGCCUAGUCUGCGACGCUAUGUUCUCAUCGCCAACACUCUGAGAGUUAUCCAAGAGGAGAUUUGUCAUGAGAAUCCAUGCCCUUUUCCGGAUGCUGGGCUUUCCCAGGCAUGCAACCCAUUGUUUGGGAGUGACGUAGGCCCCUGUCUCCCUCAAGAUAUGGAAAAUAUCCCUCUACCUUCUGCGGAAGAUGAAUUCACGGUGUCUUCUGCCAUUGCUUCUAUUUUAAGAGAACUAGAAAGUGUUUUGGAUGAAAGUUGUCCACGAGGGCAUCACCGUGCCUUUGGCAUGCUUGAACCUGUAGCCAAGGCUGAGUCUUACAGUGGUUCACCAACCCUUUCACCUGCUCAGCCAACAAGUGAUCCUGUUGCGACUAUGAAGGAACAGAUUUUUAAUUUCAACUCUGGAUCUCUGGGCGACAGCACGGAUAUUGCAUUAAUAAAAGAACUGGUGCUGGCUGCGGCCUCUUCAGAAAGCCUGCCUGAGCUUCCAGUACCCAUGGACACCUCCCUCUUGGAGGAGAAGCCUGCCGAGGUCUCCUCACCAUCUAACUUACCUGAAGUAACGAUUGCUAUGGACACUUUUAGCCCCGAAGAUGUGGCUGCAGAGGCACCGCUAGAGCAGAGUAUUUCAGCAGUGCCUACUAAAGAACCGAAAUCUUCAGAGGCAGUCUUUGGUAGUUUUGAGAUAAUGAAUUCCAGCUAUCUUAAUGGUGUCUCCUUCGAUGACCCCUUUUCAGACAUAGACACCUCUGUGUUUGAGAAAGAAACACCAAACUCGGGGACUACACCAAACAACCGAUCGUCUUCUUCAGAAGAACCCUUGUUUGCCUCAUCUUGUAAUUCUCCAAAUUGCACCUCCAGUCACGGGAUUCGGGAAUCAAAUGAACUUGACAACAUCAUUGAAAUAUUAGUCGGGUCAUAGUCUCUUGAGUUGGUGAUAAGACGUUCAUUUUAUGAAAGACUGGCCAGUAUAAGGUUUUUAAGCUGGAAAGACUGAGAAAAUGCACCUUUUGCACACAAACUAUAUUUUAUCCUUUGCUGGUUAUCUUACGGUUAAAGCAGGAACUGUGCCUCCGACUAGUAACCAGGGAUAUUUAUUGUUUACAGAAGCAAUGCAGUAAUAUAUAUUUUAUAUCCACCUGCAUCAGACUUGUCAGGGCUGAUCGAGUGGAGCACAUUGCCUCCUUGUUGUUUUAUGACUAGUCUUAAUACCAGAAUGUAUUCUGGGGUUUGCUGAUGGCUCCUAGGGCAGGCAGGCCACCUUGUCUUCCAUGAAGAUCCUAUUUUUAUGUAUUGACUUUUUUUUUUUUUUUAAUUAUUUUUUUUUUUUAAAUACUCUGAUCUAUUUUUAUAGAAGAGUUUGAUGUUGGUUUUUUUUUUGUGUUUUUUUUUAUUUUUUAUACACACUUUAAAACUGUGGAGGGCCAAAUAUUGGGUGCUGUACAGUCACUUUAUAAGGAUUGGAUUGGAACAGGGACGUGCGGUGAGGUACUGGCUAGUACCAGAGCCAGAUUUCCACACAAUAUAUGAGCCAAAGGGUUCAUGUGGACAUUAUACAAAGAUGCAGCAGUAUAUACUGCUGGAAGUUGGGGUGGUUUGAUCAGAAAUGUGCAGAGAAGAUACUGCCUCACCUGCCAUAGACCUUUUUACUCCAUAGUUUUGAGUAUAAAAAUGAUUAUAAUACAAAGAAGAUAUUUCUAAUAUAUACUUUGUGUAGUCAAAACUCUGGCAUAUGCGUUGGUAUGACGGGAAAGGCUUUGCCUCACCCCACCGCAUGUCACUGGAUUGUAAGUAGUCUUCCACAGGCUGUUGCAUGCUAAUAUUUUUUGCAUUUCAGACCUGCAAUUCCAAUCUGUAACACUUUGGGUUAUUUUUCUCCUAAAUUCAGCAUUUUCUUUGCCCAUGUCUGUUCUGAGAUCUCUUUCAGGAUAUCCUGACGAUCUGCUGCUUUUUGUACUAACUGGGUGAAUACUGUCAUAUACUGUACAUGCAGUGAUUUAAACACCUAUUAGGUCAGUAUUGCCUUUUAAUUUUACCAGAGUAUGAUACCCCUAAUGCAGCGCACUUUACUCUUGCGGAGAGUAACAGAUGGGCACGUGCAUGGAGACUGGUGCAAAGUUGAAAAAGGUGGUAUCGUACGUAGACCUCGGUUAACACUCAUGUUGCAGUACAUUUCCAAAAAUUGGGGGGCAGAUUCAGUCAGCCGUAGAAGCCACUGGGACCUGUCCUGGUGGCUUCUGAGCUUUAAGUACAGAUGGUGGAACCUGAAUGCAACCCUUAGUGGUGCCUGUGGAUUCUCCCUACCAUUAUGGACAGAAACAUUUGCAAUUUCUUUAUUCUCUCUCUCUCUCUCUCCCUCCCCCUUUCAGACAUGCCACCCACUAUUCUUGGUGGAUGGAUAUAUAUAUAUAUAUAUAUAUAUAUAUAUAUAUAUAUAUAUAUAUAUAUAUAUACACACACACACACACACACACACACACACACACACACACACACACACACACACACACACACACACACACACACAUUAUAAAAUUAUGUUGUUGACAUCUAAGCAGGCACGACAAGCAACUUAAAGCCAUGUCAGAACUCUCAGUUGUCUGGAGCAAUUUAAACGGGUGCGGUCUGCUGCAUGUCAUCCUUUGCCAGUGUAACCUUUCUUUUUAGAGGUUUCUUUAGGAGAACCUACAUACGACUCUUCUGAAUUUACAAUACAAAGUGGGGACACCUCAUGGGGUGUAAGUAAUGUGAAAUCUUAAGUGACCUCAUAAGCAAUAGCAUGAAUAGCCAUAUCUACUGGUUGGAAAUAUUGUACCUUUUGCUAGCACACAAUGUAAGGGGAGCCAGUAUUAACAGUAUUGCAGCUUAUUCGUUCACUAGGAACUGGUGGCACCAUACAGGGAAGAAGGCAUUUUAAGGGGGAGAUGUACUAAGCAGUGAUAAAAGUGGACAAGUGAACCAGUGUACAGGUUGACCAUGGCAACCAAUCAGCAUUGACGUAACAUUUAUCAUUUGCAUACUAUAAAAGUAUACAGAGCAGCUGAUUGGUUGCCAUGGGCAACUUCUCUACUGCCUCACGUCUCCACUUUUAUCACUGCUUGGUACAUGUCCCCCAGUUCCAUGUGCCUUGUAGAUGGAUUGUCUAAGCCCAUACAAUGGUUUCCUCUGGAGUGUAAAGAUGACAAACUGUGUUUCCCUGCUGUGCUCCUCAAGCCCUCCCAACAGGUCACAUUUUCAGGAUUCCCUUAUUUGUUUUGUGUUUUUAAAUAUUGUCCGUGGUCCAUCAAAAGAAUGUCAAAUAUAGCCUAGUGGCGGUGCCCGGGGACUGGAGCUGAACGACCCUGUUUUAAAGAUCAUAUAAAAAGUUUUCACCUAUUUGAUAUUUAUGACCCUAGUGCUCUGGUUUAGAUUUUGGUUCUGGUAACUCAUUACUUACCAGUUGAUAUAGGAGUUGUUGUUCAAAACGGCUUACAGCUCAUAGGCUGACCAACUUUAAUUCACUACUACCACUGCGACUUUUGUGAAUUUAUGGCCGUUGCUCUACACUUCAGUGAUCUCUGUAAUGAGAGCAAUGUCCUUUAGAAAGUGCACAGGUUUACAAUGACUGUAUAUGUUUUGUCAUGCAGUAUAAAACUGUAGUACUUAAAAAGAUGUUUUCUUGUCUGAAGUAAAAUGUGCGCCAUCUGUUGCAUCUAGGUACGUCGCCAUAUUAUCUGCCUGUACACACAUUUCUUACAAGUUCUACAUGUGGCUAUAAUUGAAAAAGGGUGCCUUGAUGCAAAACUAAUGAAUUCUAGUGUUAACAACUAACUGUGCCUGUUGUCCAUAUCGGGGGCAAAUAUUUUGUGAGCUGAACCAAUGUUUAUAUUGAAAUGCGGUCUUUACUUUCACAAAAUGGCUGCCAUUACUGUGUGCGGCAAAAGGUACACUGCAGCAGGAUUUCCAAACUUCCAGAGACUCAAUGUUUUGUGUGUUAAAAGGAGUGGUUUCUUUUUGCACAUUUCUUGUUUUGAAGAAAAAAAAAAUGUUAUUUAAUGUUUGUCCUGUUUAACAUAAAUCUAUGCAAUAUGUACAGGUGAGAAAUAUAUUUGUUUUUUUAACUUAAUAAAAAA